AGGGCCCGUCGCGCGGUGGAAGGCGACCCACCCACCCAUGGGCCCAGCGUUGCCGUCAUAUAUUAUCCGCACCCAAACGGGGGCGAGAUCGAGGACGAGGCCGGAGCCGCACUGGAGUUCUACCUUUGAAAGGUGGAGCUCGAAUAAUUGCUGCCUCUAUCUUUCACCAAGGAUUUUGGUGCCUCAUUUUGUGAAACUGGAUACUAUUAUUGGUUUAGCAACCAGAUUGCAUACUCUGAGCAGAUCCAAUAGGAUUUAAAGAACACUUUUGUUCGAAAGGUCAUUAGUUAUUUGCAACGAUGAAGGAUCAUCUGAUGCUCAAUGUUGACCGCCUGAUGGUGCCUGAACCCAUUGAGGUCACUGGAGCACCCAAGAGCUCCUCAUCGAGGGACGUCACUGCACAGCUACCCCCUACAUCACAUUCCUUUUUUGCAGUUGGAGACAGCAUGAUUCCUGAAGAAGAACCUCUUCUGCAGAUGCUGGAGUGUCGUAUUUGUCAGGAGGAGGAUGACAUAAAAAAUCUAGAGAGCCCGUGCGCUUGCACUGGCAGUGUAAAGUAUGCACAUAGGGCUUGUGUACAACGAUGGUGCAAUGAGAAAGGAGAUGUAACAUGUGAAAUCUGCCAUGAGCCUUAUGAACAUGGGUACACUGCGCCUCCCAGACCCCAUCCUGAUGAAACUACAAUCGAUAUAAGUGGUGGCUGGACUAUUACUGGUACCACAUUUGACUUGCGUGAUCCUAGGAUCCUUGCAGUAGCACAAAAUCACAUCAUGGAAGCUGAAUAUGAUGAUUAUUCAGCCACAAAUGCCAGCACCGCUGCCUUUUGUCGCUCUGCUGCCCUUGUUUUAAUGGCUCUCCUAUUACUGAGGCAUGCAUUGACUCUAACUGAUGAAGACGACGACGAUACUUCAGCAAUGUUUUCACUUUUCUUGCUGCGUGCUGCUGGUUUUCUUCUGCCAUUCUACAUAAUGGCUUGGGCGAUUAGUAUCUUGCAGCGCCGCAGACAACGGCAGGAGGCAGCUGCAUUAGCAGCAACAGAGGUGGCAUUCAUUCUCCAGUCUGGGCAAGGAAGAGGAGUGCAUUUCACCAUUGCGCCAGAUUCUCCUGCCACGCCCCAGCACGAACCACAACCUUGAGGAUGUCUGCUCAAGAGCGACUGGCUGGCUGGCAGCUGUGGCGAUCUCAGAGUGUUGGUUUGCGUGGUUCACCGCAGGAGUUAUGGUUGCUUCUGGUGCAGAGCGAGCCAUAUUAUUUAUUUAUUUUACAUCAGUGUCCUGAGUGUAAAGUUGUGAGACUUUGUGCUCCAGAUUUCGCUUGUUGAUGCUGGCCAGUGAGUCUCAGUGACGUGUGUAUAAAAGUAUGAACCAUUUGGAUCGGGUACGAUCGGUCCUAAGUAUUUACUUUAAAAAACAGACGGCCCUUCUCCAGGCCGCUGUUUCGUCUCUAGCCUCUAGUCUACACGCUUCUUUUACUGCAAAUUUAUGUACUCUCUGGUAGAAUUGUACUAAGUAGUUAGGGAGUAACAGGAAUUGUAGCGCUUUACGCUUGAACUUUUAAUAUGUGUUUGCAGUGGUGUCGCAAA